AUGGAACUUGGACUUCGAGCCCCUUCUGCACUGCCCCACUGCCCCCGGUCUAGGCAGCGGCCUGCCCUGUGGCCAGCCCUGGCGGCUCUGGCCCUGCUGAGCAGCAUCGCGGAGGCCUCCCUGGGCCCCACGCCCCGCAGCCCGGCCACCCGCGAAGGCCCCGCGCCAGUCCUGGCGCCCCCCGCCGCCCACCUGCCGGGGGGACGAAUGGCCCGCUUGUGCGGCGGAAGAGCUCGGAGGUCGCAGCUGCAGCCUCCCCGGCCGGCACCCCCGCCGCCCGCACCCUCGCCUGCUCCCACUUAUUCACCAAGCUGCAUCCCGCGCUUCGUUGGACGCCUCCGUAACCCGCGAAGAGCUAUCUCCCCCUUGACCCCCCAGCCCCGUGACCUCCUCAUAGCACCCGAGAGCUCACCCAGACAAUUCUGGGGACAGAGCCGUGACCUACCACUAGGACCCCCGCCUGAGAGCUCCUCACUGACGGCUCCCUCCUCGGAGUCCCGCUCAGUGGGUCUCCUAAGAGCACCCCUUUUUGUCUCUGGCAAGCCCCUCACCCUCAAACGGGGUGGGGAGGCCUUGGCAGCCAUGCCCGACCUGGGCCCCCCCUCAUCCCGCCACUUCCUGGGCGCCCAAGCCCAGGUCUAG